GCAGUUGCCAGUGCCACCUCACAUUUUCUUCUCUUUGCGCGGCGAGAGAGAAAACACUCUCUUCCGGUUCAAAUAUUUCAGAUAAGAAAACCAAAAACACAGAGGAAAAAAGAGAGAGAGAGACGAGAGAAAAAUUCCCGCUCUCUCUUUUCUCUCUGUAUUGCUUCCUCCGUAGGGUUUCCUCUUUCCCCUUUCACUGUUUUUCUCAUCUUCUUCAUCCUCUUCGCCCUUCACUUCCGCAGCAUUUCUCUCAAAUUUCUCUAACUUCGUUUCGGCAGUUGAUUCGAAUUUCUCCGCCUUCUCACCGGUUUCACGCGCCUGCAUGAUUGGAGGAGCUUUCGUGCUGAAUGAUCAUGAAGAUGUUUUUGUUCCCAGCGGUGUAGAACAUCUUCCUUCCCGUACAUAAUACAUUUUCCUAGUCUCAAUGGUAUGCUCAGUUGGAAAUGGGAGGAUGGCAGUGAUGACAAGGCUUCUGGCUGCUGGGAGUUUCUCUCGAAGUAUUGCAGGUAAACCGAGAGAGAACUUCGUGAUGCAGAUGAAGCAAAUUUAAUUGACGAGGAAGGUGUGUACCUAAUCCCACUUUAGUUAUUGCACGAUAUGCACGUUUUUGGUUUGAAGCCUAUGGUUGAUCCUCUGAACUUGGUUUGCUGCAAUAUUUGUAAGAAGCCAGUAAAGGCCAGCCAAUAUAUCAUUCAUUCAGAACUUUGCAGGUCAUUAGGCUUUGGACAAGGAACUAUAAUGGACCUUGAUGGUGGGAUGGGUCAUAGAAAACACUCAAGGAAGGAGAAGAAAAAGAUACUACCUGUUGAUGCUAAUAUAUCAGCUGUGGAGAAAGAAGGGUCUGAAUCAACAUAUGCUAACUAUUCUGUUGCACCUGCAUUUCCAAUUAAUAACCAAUUUGAAAUGGUCAAGUUGACAAAAAGAAAUUCAACUUGUACUGUGGCAACUAUACUGGAUGAUGAUACAGGAGUCUGUUCUGAUGUUGUAGACCAUGCAGCUAGUCUGAUACAUCCUUCGACAAAGCGGUCCAAAUUGAUAACUGGUGAAGGGCUGUUACUGGCAUCUGAUUUAGAACCAUCGUCAGCUAAAACAAAAAUUAGAAAUGUUCCGUUUCCCCUUGCAAGUAAAAUAUAUUACUCUCAAAGAAAUAACCGUUUGCGUUCGGCCCUUGGUUAUCUUUACUGGGAGGCUGUUGCUUCUAGCAAGGAAAUUUGUAAUAUGGUAGAUCAUCAAAUGACUAAGGAAAAUAUAAAACUAUUUCACAAUACUUCCCAGGAGGAGUCGUCUCAAGAGCAAACAAGUGAUAUUAUUGGAAAUAAGAUGGAUAGUCAGCCGACUCAGCCCUUAACCUCUGCAUGGAAAUCUGACCAUAAUCUGACCAUAUUCUCAUCCGGGAAAUGUCUGCCUGCCAGUGGUGCCUCAAAUAAGUUUGUCAUUGGCAGCAGUGUUGCAUGGCCACAGAUUGCUCCAGUUGAAUUGACACAAAAAAAGACUAUCUACCUAGAAGGCUAGACCUAACUAUUUUGAAGGAUAGACUAGACAACAGCCAAACAGAAGUAUCCCUGUUGUAUAGAAGUCUUGGUGGCACUUUUUUGUAGGCACAGUGGUACAUGUAAUUAACCCUAAAACUUGAGGUUAGGACCAAGAUUCUGUAUUUUGAUAUUGGCAAUGAAAAUUGUUUAAAAUUAUUCAUUCUUUCUUUGUAUUUAA